AUUCUGCUGCAGACACUGAAGUAUAACCUGAAGUGUCUUCCUCUAAAUCCGGCCGCAGAAGCCCAGACAUGGCUGUGAACAGGCUGUGACCAGGGUAUAUCCUGGAUAUACCAGAAGGAAUAAUCGCUGAACUGGAGUCUUAACAGCAAGAAUGAGAAAGACAACAAUGGGACUGUUGAAAUAAUCUCCUAUCAGGUUUCUCAAAGAAUGACAAGCCACGAUCAAUAUGUGAGGAAAAUGAGCAAAGAAAAGGUGGCUGGUAAGCCAAGUGCCACCUACCUCUUCUGAGUGGUACCAUGACGGGAGAGACAAAACAUGCGUAUGCUAUCAAUGCUAAAGCACCAACCUCCAAGGAGAAGGACUCUGAUUUUGAACGGUUCAGCAACAAGGAUGCAGCAGAAACUAAAUCAACUGGGGGGUCUGAUAGCUCUCAAAGUGCCUUAAUUGCAGAGAAAGCAACUCAAUUAAAUGGUAGGGAAAAAGAGACACAUAGUCAAAGGGAAGCUGUUAUAAGACCUCAACAAGCCGGGAAAAUUGACUUCAAAUCACUUCACAACAGGCCUAAGUUUUCCAGUGAGGCUACGUGGACUAAUGGCAAAAGUGGCCCACUGUCUCCAACAGGAAAAAGUAGGGGAAAAGACAAAAAUAAGAGGUCUGUGAAAGGCGAUCGCAAUCAGCAACAGCUUUACAGGCUCAGUAUUAGCAGCUCAAGAUCCAACCCUACCAUUGGAAUUGCUUACCCUCAGCAAAAAGUGACACAGCCUAAAAAAGUAGAAGUCAAUCAAGGACCAGUCUCUGGAAGCUAUCGCUUUCAUGUGCCAAGUAUUCCUGAGAGGGAGGCAGAACUCCAUCAAGAAGACCUCAACUUCAACAGGUCUCUCCAGGAGCCCACCUCCAGCCUUACCUCCACAAACUAUACCUCACAAGCAGCUCCUGCUUCCAGGAUUCAGCAUGGGUUAAAGAUCCAGCCGGGCAACCUUCAUGAUACUGCCAACGCUAAUGGACAGUUGCAUUACUUGGAUUUCCAACCUAAUGGAAACACAUGGCAUCCCUCAGAUAAACACUUUCCAGGUGCCAGUGGAUAUGCCAUCUCAAGUCAAAAGCUAUGUCCUUUUCCUGAGGGCAACAAAUCUGACACACAUGGUUUUGUACCUGUGCCAUUUCAGUAUCCAUUCCCGUUAUUACAGGACCCCACUGGGAAUUCUUUUUGCAACAAUGGGAACAAUCAGGACUUUGUUGAUGUUGCACUGGCUACAAACCAGGUAGCUCACAAUACCUUCUUUUUCCAGUCCACAUCGAGAGAAGGACCCGAGGAUCAACAGGGUAAUGGAUCCUACAAUACUGUUCUGCCAGACGGCCGGACUUAUGGGUUACCUUCUCAGCAGGCUCCUUUCUUACAUAACCAGCCGACAAACCCUUGUUACACGGGGAUGAAUGAACACUCGGCUGAUCAUAGUGGUGCUAUUACUUCAUCUGGUGCUUUGCCUUCCUCUGGUGCUAUAGAACAAACCCAAAGCACUUUUCAAGAAAACCAAUCAGUUUUUAAUCCUAGUGAAUUCAGUUUACAUACUAACAGUGUGCCAGCAUUGAUCAAUAAAAGGCAACAGCCACCUAAAGACUUUGUACACAAUCAGAGACUCCUGGCUCCAGGGAAUACAUUACAAAGGAGUAUACCACAGACUUCUCUAAACAAAGUUCAGUUUCCCAACAAAGUCUAUAACAGUGUAAGCACAGGGUCUGUGCCUUUUGAGAAAAACCUUUCUAGAAUACCUCAGACUUGGGAUGCAGGAAGCAACGGUUUUCCAUCUCUGGACCAAAACUCUGUGUCAUACCCUAAUACUUCUGGAAACGUACUACCCUAUCAAUGCCAGCCAAGCGACCACAGACAGGCACUGAAAAACACGAGGAUGCCUUGGCAGCAGGGUCAUCUUACUUCUGCAGCUGCAAGCCAAAAUAGCAUGGAGCUGUCAAGGCAUGUUGGAAACCAAAAACUUCCAUAUUCCCUCAGUAAUCAAGACUGGCAAAACACCAACUUGAUGCCAAAAAUUUCACCAACUUAUCAUGCAAAGAAACACUUAAUGGUGGAAGGCAGUUCUACACAAAGGACUGACACAGCCAGACAAAGCUACAGCUCAAAUGAUGAUAUAUUGUACGACAGUGUGAAGGAAACAAAUUCUCAGAUGAGUGAUUCAAGAACUAAAGGCAUUUUAUACGGCAUGAGCCAACCCAUCCAACAAUCACGGAACAAUUCCAACCAGCCUGUGCCACUCUCUGGAAAUACCUUUGUAGCUGAAUCCCCCUGUGAGUCACCUCUUCCUUCCCCUGCCAAUAAUCCUGUCUCUGGCAGUACCUGCUCUUCUCUUUCACCAAUGUCCAGUAGUCCUGUGAAUCCAAGUUCAGAUGAGAACCAAGUGCCUCCCACACUCAUAUCUUCUCCAUAUUUUCACCAGCCAUGUCACCCAACAGAAAAGUCCUUCCAUCCACCCGAUUCGUUAAGUUCUGGUUCCCUUCUGUAUCACUCGGAACCUACAAAAAACUUUAGUUUCAUUCCAGAUGCUUCUAAGGAGAAACAAACAUUCAAAAAUCUACAUGAAAAUCAAUACCAAAAAUUAGCUAAUGAGCCCAGCAAAGGUGGUCUUGAAAAUUUUGAGAGUAAACCACCACCUCCCUAUUCUUCCCACCACUUUCUUGCCAGCUCACUCAGCAGUGCCAACUUAGACCAGCUUGAUGUUCUUCUAACCUGCAAACAGUGUGAUCAGAAUUUUAAUAAUUUAUCUUCUUUCCUGGAGCACAGACAGUAUUGUAACUUAAAUCCAACACUCCAGAAUGAGAUGAAGGAUUCUAUACAGGGUGGAGACAUAAGGAAGUCUGUUGCUGACCCCUUUAAGACAUCCCAACCUGUACCAGUAUUAUCCCAUCCCAAAGGACAAAUGGAAUUUCAUCCGCAUCUAGGUGGUUUUAACAAAGAUUAUAUCCUGGACAGUGAUGCUAAAGGAGAUACCAAAGAAGAUCCUACAAAGGGUAAUAUUUUCAACAAUUUAAUACCAAAUCUGCUGUCUUUCACUGCUUGUGACACUUUGGAAAUGGAUGAUGCUAAACUAGACAGUUUAAUAAUUGAAGCACUGAAUGGCCUGGAGUUUCAGGUGGACAACCCUGAGAUAGACAGCACCUUUAUUGAUGUAUUUGUAGAUGAUGAUCUUACAGCUCCUAAGACUACUGUAUGCAGCCAACCGCACAAGGUGAAAGAGCCUACAGAUACCAAAAAAACAGUAAAUACAGAGGCAAAACAAGCUCAGCAUAACCAAGCAUCAUAUGCAUACGAGGAUAACUAUGGAACAGAAGCAUCCUAUUUCCACAGGAACACAAUAAAAAUGCGAAAUCAACAUAAAACGACAGAAGUAGGAACUGCCCACCGAUUCUCUGUGAACACUGAGGCUAACGUUAAACAGAUGACAGCUACAGAGUCUGAAGAAUGUGAACAGCAAAAAACAGGUGAGAUUCAAAAAUGUAUACCACCACCGGAGAAAAAGAAAAUUGGCCUAAGUAAAAAUGAUUUUGAAUAUCCAGAUGAAAAAGAAUAUUACGAUUCACAACAAGGGACAACGAUGAGAAGUGAUCCUCAAGAUUUUUCCGUCAUAGAUACCCCAAAAACCCGAAGGUCAGGUUUGCAGAAAAAGAAGCCCCACAAUGGGACCUGGAGUAAAGAACUUAUACACAAAAUUGUACAGCAGAAAAAUAAGCUUCACAAGCUGCACGUAAAAAGUAAUAAAAAUGUGCAGCUUUCCUUGGUGACCGAAAGACUUUUCCCUCCAACCAAAAGUCAUCUCUUUGGUGAAUAUGACUACAUUUCAGAUUCCGAUGAAGAAGUUGUUGCUACUACAAUGCCAGGAAAAAUGCCAAAUGGCAGGCUGAAGUACAGCUUUAAUCGGGACCUGCAAGCAAGAGGUGGCAGGACAAAAGUAAAGGAACCUGUGUGGCGGAUGGGGGAAGCAACAAGAUUCCAGCUGCAAAGCAAAGAUUUGAGGAACACAAAUAAAGAGACCUCAAAUAGAAUUCGGAGAAGAAGCAGCCAGUCUUCAAACAGUAGUGACCAAAGCACAAGUAUUUCAAGUGAAAUAGGAUCGAGUCCAAAAAGUACUGAGCGGACUGAUUCUGAAAAUGAGCAUGAGAAUGUGCUAAGGUGCAAAAGCUUUGCUACACGUACUCAGAAAGCUGAGAGAAAUGUGAUAAAACCUCUUUACAGAGAAUAUCUGUCUGAAAAACAAAUACAUCCAGAUUUCUCCAAAGGAUCCAAAAGGUUUGGGUCAGCUAAAUUCCUGCUUGCAAGUUCCAAAGUAUACCCAUCAAAGACAAAUGGUGCUCCAUGUUAUGGAGAAAGAGAGACAUUAAGACAAAGCACUGAUUCUAUGGAGGAGAACUCUAUAAAACCAUCUAACCCACAUUGCUUCAACAAUGCUGGAGAAGAGGACACACUGAGCACUUACCAAAAGGCAAUAGAACCAAGCACCUUAUCACAAGAUAAUUAUACACCUGAUCUAAUACUAGACAUAGAAAGUGUGCCCCAACAACUUUCAACUUUUCAUGCUAACAAUACAAAUUACCAAGAGAAGCCACUCAACUCUCCUUCAUGUGCACCAGGCAUUCCUAACACAAACGUAAAUCCAGUUUAUUCUGAUAAUAGUGUAAAAUACUUAAACGAAGCACUGUGCAAUGGCCACAAAGACUAUGCAAUGAACAUGUCUUGCUACGGUGGAGACUCAACAGCAAAUAAACUGCCACAGCGAAACCACAAAUCUUACAGCACUGAAUUCCAACAAUUUACUGACCCCAAAGAUAUGCCUGGUUUAUAUGGGAAUGUUGGCUCUACUAACGUGGAAGAGCUAUAUGCAAACCAAAGCAAUUCCAGCAACAUGAACUCUUAUGAGAAUAAAUGUUCAAAUGUGACAUCAUAUCCUUCUGAUAACAAUGAUAAAGGUUCAUCAGCUCUUUCAUUUGACUCCUCUUCUAUAUUUGCAGAGCUACCAAUAUCUGACUUUGAAUCCCCAUUGUACAACAGUAUAACACCUUCAAAAGAUAACUACGUGGAAUAUGACCAGUCUAGCAAAUCAACUAAUUUUGAACAUCCAUUUCCUGAGUUUUUACAAGAGAAAAGUUGGAAUAUUAUAGGGGAAGGUGCACAAAUAUCAAAUAAUGUGCCCCCAUUUCAAGUGAUAGAAAAUAAAGCCACAGAGAAAUAUGCCAAACACAUGCCCGUUUCAUCUGAACAAAUGACAAUAAAUAUGUCACAAGUCAUGCAAGAUUAUAAUGUACCAUUUAUUAACAACAUGUCAGAGGAUGAGCUAGAAAUUAAAAGGCUGGUGACAGAAUUGGAAAAUCAACUUCAAACUAGCAAAGCUCAGAAAGACAAAACUUCCCAAACUUUGUCCACUCAUCAGAUUACCUCAGAACUCACAGAUUCUUCACUCACGUUCCCAUCGAUGGAAGAUAAUACAGCUGAAAGUUGCAGAAAGGAUGCAUAUUUUAAUGAAAAUCCCAACUAUCACAAUGACAUAGAGCAUUCUAUGCAGCCUGUUAAAGUAGAUCACCUUCAGGAUACUCAACCACUUAUAAAAGUUGAUCAUUGCUGCGAAAGUCUUGAGAGAUCUUGGACUUGUUCAGUACAAUUUGACACUUUUACUUCAGGCAUUAAAUGUCCCAAACAGCCCAACAACCUGGAACCCUUUACUCCCACAGACAACUGUACCCAGUAUCAGUCAGCUGUGAGCAAUGUGUGUCUAAUAGAACAACUGGAGACUUUGAAUAAUAACCCCAGCGCCCCCUCUGUCAUACCAGAUGGUUGCGCAACGAACCUCACAAGUCAAGUGGAGUCUCAAACCUAUUCUAACCCUGAGCUCUUGAGGGAGACACUGGUCACUUCUGAAACGCUACUUUCUGAAAUGCAAGAAAAUAAAGAGAAGUCUGAAAAAGAAAUAAAACAAAGUGAUGCUGAAAAUCAAACCAAUAAACAGCAAAACCUGGAAGAUCAAUUUGAUGAUCCGCCUGAGCUGGAACCUUUUCAAAGUAUCUCAGAAUUGAACUCUGAAUAUGUUUUGCACGAUGAUGAUGAUGCACCAGUGUUAAAUAUCACUAAAACAAUAGAGCAUAGCAAUAGUGUCACUGAAGAUCCUCCAUGCAACCAAUCACUAAAAUCUACAAUUUCAGACACUGAAACAGAUUUGGAAUAUUGCGAAAGACAAGUAAUGUUGAAUGAUAAAGAAUGUUUACAGAAGGAUGAUAACAAGAAUGAAAAAGACAGUGUACUCCUCGACAUGCCAGUUUUAGUGAAGGAAGAGAGUGCGAAACCUGAAAAGGCUACCAUUGAUGAACAUUCUGCAGAAAACCCAUUGCAACAGCUCCAACUGUUCGUGGCAAGAACAGCCAAAAACAACGAGGUAGAGAUGCUUAUGCCAUGCUUCCCAAUGCUGCUGGCUGCUUCUGGAGCUGCCGACACCAAGCCAGAAACAGAAAGCGAUUCUUCACAUACUGUAGAGAGUACAUUAACUUCAAAAGUGGAACCAGAUAUUACAGCAAAGGUACUAGAGCUGAAAGAAAUACCCCAGCUAUCAGAAUCCUGCACGCAGUCUGCGGGGGCCGAACACCUAGACACCAAUUCUGAAAUGCUCUUGGAAUCAAUGAGCAAUGAAGUGCACAGUGAUGACAAACAGACAAACCAUUUAGAAAAUGAAUGUUCAGGGCUGAAUGCAAUUAAUAUAGACAGAGGCAGAAUCAGAACUGACCACGAUAAUCUGCCUUCUGAAAGCAGAGUCGCUUAUAAACUGAUGCAAGGGCUAGUGGAGAAUAAAGAAAUAAGUAACUAUUGUGAAAGUGAUGGGAACAGAUCUUCAUCAUCUAUAAAAAAAAGAAAAUCUAUCGGCUACAGCCAUGCAUUUCAUAAUGAAACAUACACAGCUGGUUCAACGGUCACACCUAAGGAGCUCAAUGUUCAGGAGCUUCCACCUGAUAAAUCCGAUGAUGGUUCUUCAUUUCCAGGUGCCUUAGCGAUUGAGAUAGCACAAAUGUCCAAAAACUCAGAAGAUCAGGAGAUGCAAGACAUCAACAAUGACGUUUCUGUUUUUGCCAGUCCAGAGACCCAUCAGCAGCACAUAGAUAUACUGAAAGAAACAGAACUAUUUUUGGGAAUUGAUAACAUAAAAGAGAUCUCUGUGCUGAGUCAAGACAAAGGUGGUGCCUUGGACAAGUCUACCGCUCACUUUCCCUUGCAUGCUAAUAAUAAUAAUAAUAAUAAUAAUAAUAAUAAUAAUAAUAAUAAAGUCCUAUGUGAAAGCAACAGUAAAUAUGAAACACAGCUUCAUGAUCUCAACAUGCCUACAGCACAUUCAAUGUUGAGUUUUGAUUUGCUCCCUCAUGUAUCAUUGAAAGAAUCGUCACCAUGUCAUAAAUUUUUAUUCACAACAGAUGAUGAUUUACUUUCAAUAGAAAGAGAAGUGUUAUCAAAAAUUACCCAGAAAUGUCCUAGUGAAGUUAGAAAUGUUCGAGAAGCAGAACUGGUAGAACAUCCAGUGGAAGAGAAACAUGUGAAACUUCAUAAAGACAAAAGCUUGACAUCAUCCUUGGAAGCCAGCCAAAAGCUGGUGGAAGAAAAUAAUUUGGUGACACCAACUGUUGAGGGCAAGCUAACUCCAUGUUUCUCCUCAGAAAUAGUUUGUGCACAUUACAAAGAUCAACAUGUGGAAUCUGUUGCAGACAUCAUCCUUGAGUGUCAAUCAAUUCCAACAAAGGAAAACUAUCACAUUUAUGCUGGAGAAAGCAAUCAUAAUUUUCGAGCUAUCCAAACUGAACUUUUCCCUGAAACCACACAAACUCCAGUAGAGUCUUCAUUAUGUGGUCAAAAGGAAGAGGCCCUUAAGUGUGAUUGGAACAACACACAAGACGGCUCCAACGUGGAACAUUUAUUUCCAAUUGGAGAGGAUGGGUCAUCCACAAUGGUGUGUGACCUGAUGGAGAUUGCAGAUCCAGGGUUUGUUAAUUUUCAUGGUCACCAAAAAACUGCAGAAAAUACUUUACAUUUAGUGAACGAUUUCAACAGCACAACAGAAGCUAAUGUUUCCAAUGCAGAGUCUGGGAAGAGAUCAACCAAUGACAUGCACUCGGUUAUAGAUGGAGUACUGCGAAUCCUAGAAGACGACAAGAGCAAAGAAAUACUGCAAAGCAUUGGAAUGUCCCUGAAAAGUAGUCCAAUCAAAGAAAAGAAAUCAGUUGGGUUAUCACUAACAUGUGAUAUAUGUUCAGUAUCUUUUCGAUCAAAGCCAGGCCUAACAAGGCACAAGGCUGUUAAGCACAAUGGGUCACUGAAAUCCAACAAAGGUGGUAUAAGCGAUAAACCUUUCAAUGUGAAAAAUAAAUUAUGUGAAAGGAAUUGCAUUAAUGAUAGCCAAGAAACCGCUCAUUCUGACACAUCGCAAAAUAUAAUUGGAAAUCUUCUAAACCCAGACUGUAAUCUUCAAUCCAAUUUUCUAAUUCCAGAUGGAGAAAAGAGACCUUUGCCUGCAAAAACCAAAGGUGAAAAGAGAACCAAUGGACAGUUUGAUGACACUGGUUCUGUAGAAGUAGCUUGCAAAAAGAAGACAUAUGGCAAAAUGAAAAAAAGAAAGGUGAAGCUUACUGACAGAUCACUAGAUUCCCAAGGUCCACCAGAUGACAUUCUAAACAUCCUAAAAACCAAUAUUCUAAAGGCAAUUGGGCAGUCAAACAGCUUUAACCCGUCUGAAGAAAAGAUAAACUGGGAAGAGUCUUCAGAUAAAGACAUUGCACAGAAAGAGACUGGCUUGGAAAAUGUGGACAUAGAAACAUAUUCCGCUGCUAUUUGUAUUGAUGAGGAUGAGAAGCUAGUGAGUGACGUUUUAGAUUUGGAAAUGAAUGGAGGUAGUUUACUUCAUGAACAAACCUGGACAAAAAGCUUUAAUGAGCAUGUUGAACACAUUAUAAAUGAUUGCGAAAUUCAGCCUGAAGAUUGCUUACUGUCCAAAGAUCACACUUUGUUAACUACAGGGGAGAAACACUUACAGGUUGCAGAAGCUGCAAAAGUUCAAAAAGAUGUUCAUGUGUCGAACUUAUCUAAGGAAAGCGUGACUGACCUUCAGGCCCUCUUUGAUGAUGAGAACACAUUUUCCCAACUGUUUCCAGGAGAUGAUCAUUUAAUAAGGAGAAAGUGCACUAGAGUUUAUGGGAAAAAAAGCAAAAAACAAACACAGAGUUUUGACGCAGACUUAAAACAUGCAGACGUAGCUGAGCACUACCACCCCUCUCAAAUGAAGUAUACCAGUGACCACAGGAGCAUAUCAGUGAAUUCUGUCUUAGGGGACAGUAACAAUUCUUCUGUUCAAACAGAACAUUUUACGCAGUAUGAUCAGGUUAGUUCUCAAAAGGAAACUAUAGAUGGUGAGGAGGACAAAAUGCUCUCCUUCAUAAGCCCCGCUCAAGCAGAAGACACAAAUGUACCUUUGCUCAUUGGGGGAACUCAAGAUGACAAAGAUAGCGAUGAUAAUGCCUACAAGCCAUGUGGACAAUCUUUAGAGCUGCCUGGAGAUAUUGGCUCAGGCCAUAGAGACCCAGAGGCAGAACAGGCUCACUGCAAAAUCAACAAUGAAUCGGGUCUUCCUGAAUUUCCGACGAUUGAUAUGAAGAUGCUUAGUGCAAAGUUUGAUAUGAGAGAACUGUCUUUCUUCAGUGCUUGUGGAGAUGAUUCUGACCAAUCCGAUUUAGAGACUCCAGAUGAGAUCCCACAUCUGGCGGGACAACGUAAGAAGCACAUCAAAAACAAACUAGAUGACAGAAGGCAGAUGAGAAAACGCAACAAUGCUAAGAUUAAAACAAAGGACAAGCAGUACAAAUGCAAAGUGUGUUUUCAGUGGUUUCUGACAUUGGGAGAACUAGAUUUUCAUAAGCUUACACAUAACCCUUCACCUCCCCCUACCUGCUACAUGUGUGUUCAGCGCAAGUUCAGUUCUAGAGAACAGUUACGAGACCAUCUAAAAGAAAAGCAUGCAAAAAAUAAAGCAGGUCUCUGGAUUUGUGGGAUGUGCCUCAAAGAAAUCUCUGAUGUUUGGAUGUAUAAUGAGCACUUAAGAGAGCAUGUGACCCAGUUUGCUAGGAAAGGCCAAGCUCAGAAAUCGGUGAUGGGUAUCCCAGGCUGCUUUGGAGAAGACAGUAUGGUGAGGACAUUCCUGAGUACCUUUAUAUACCGAACCCCUGGAAAGUUAGCAAAAACUUCCGAGGCUGAUGAUAAAAGCCCAGUGAGUAAAAAAACUGAGCAAAAGGAGCACAAAGAUGAAGAUGAAGUGGUUAGUGAGAAAGAAGCGGAUAGCAGUGUUCAUGUUGUAAUACCUGCUCCUAACCAAGUAAAGCUUUCAGUCAGCCCUUCAUUGGACAGUUCUCAAAGGAAUGACAUUAUCCACAAAAAUGCAGCUAUGCAUCCCCACUGCAAAGAUCCCUCUAGAGAUUGCCACCAUUGUGGGAAGCAGUUCCCCAAACCAUUCAAACUCCAAAGGCACCUUGUCGUUCAUAGUUUGCAAAAAAUGUACCUGUGCCACAGAUGUCCCAAUUCAUAUCAGGAGGUGCAGGAGUUGAGAAGUCAUCUUAAUGACGAGCACCAAGUAGCAGAGAAGUCUGAAAUCAAGCACACCACACUCUAUGCGUGUGAGCUUUGUGCCGAUGUUAUGCACGUGAUAAAGAAGUCCUUUAUCUGCAGCACGUGCAACUACACGUUUUCCAAAAAAGAACAGUAUGACAGACACAUGGAAAAGCAUUUGCUUGGUGGCAGUAUGACAUUCAAAUUUAGAGGUGUAACCAGACCAACAAAUUCUGGAAAGGAGAUAAAGGAAAAAGUAAGAGAUUCCUCAACAUAUGAUAGCAUGCCACCCUCCAAAAAGUAUAAGACCUCAAAUUAUGCUGACACAACUGCUAAUGUAGCUGGUAUUCACCAUGGGGAUCUACCUCACUGCCCAAAGCUCUCUCCUGGUGUGCUGUUCAAUGAAGAGAUUGAGGUAAAUCUGAGAAAUGAACAUGAAAAUGCAGUGAAACUAGAGGAGAUAUUGAUGGAUGCUCCAGAACUUCAGGCUGAAGGAACGGAAGAGCAGAGUGUGUGGAGUGCAGAGGCAUGUCCUUGUUCUCCUAAACUUUGUGUGGUGGAAGUAAAAGAGAAGGAAGAUAAUGAGACAGCCAGUGAGACAUUGUCCAUGUUAGAUUGUGAAAUGACAAUGUCUUUUGUUGGUGCAACAAAAAAUAGUCACUUUGCAGAAAAUAACACUGAAAUUGUCAAAAUUACAGAAAUGUCAACACAUGAACCACCAAUAGGUAAACAAGUGAAUGAGACAGAGCAAACACCACAUAUACAAGCGUCUUGCAUCCUAGAAGACAAAAAUCUCUUGCACAUCACAUUAGAAGAGCCAAUAGAGAUGCAUACAGCUGCUAAAAUGACAUCACCCUCAAAGAUUACAUCUAAAGAGCAUGAAUGCCAAUCACAUAAAGUCGUGAUGGAAGGAAGAGUGGACACAAGGUCAGUGCUAUUAGAUGGGACAGGACAAGUCCCCCCAAUGCCCCCCAAAGAAAAGUCUCAUGUGACUGAUACCAAUAUUCUAGUUAAAGACAUCAAGGGUUUGAAAAAGAAUAAGUCAUUUGGUCAACUGAAUGGUAGGACGGCAGCACAAAGAAAUGUUACAGCUGCUAAUGGUGAAGACGCGGUGAAGUCCUCUACACCAAGAUUAAAAGCUGCAUGCUCUCUGGCAAGGGAUAACAGUGUAUGUACUUUGAAAGAGACAACUACAAGCCAACAAAAGUUGUCCAAAAAAGAACUGACUGGUAGCAUAUCGAAAAAUAAAACUGAUUUUAAAAGCACAGACAAAAUGUCAGCAUUGAUGCCUCCAAAACAACACCAAAGGAAGCGCAAAGACCACAAAGUAUCUGGUCAUAAGGCAAACACAGCAUCACAGGAGAACUUGGCUGGAGAAGUAAAGAAAAAAACAGGAAAACUGUCAGUGGCUGGGAGGAGUGAAUCUUCUUGUAAUGUAAAGAAGCCAGAUUGGGUAAACAGCCUCUCGGACACUAAAGAUGAGGCUCUGGGCAGUCGGCUUUACCCUAAGCCACAUACUGGAGGGAUCAGUGGCCAGUUCAAAAAGGUUGUGUUGGACACAUAUAACCAAAAGAAAGGCAACUCCCAGUCUAGCAACGGGGAGUACAAAUGCAAAAAGACUGUUCAUACAAAAACUUUGCAACCGUUCACUACAAAAAGUUCUGCUUUAUCUCAGAACAGCCCCUCACACAAACGUAAAAUGGGGCACAACACAAAACCCACUGAGCCAACAAAUUACAGGACCGCUGAAUCACAGAACAAUUUACUAAGCCAACUUUUUGGACAGAAAUUAACUAGUUUUAAAAUUCCUUUACGAAGGGAUAUAGCAGAAUGAGAUUAGGUGAUCUCUGUCCUUUGCUGAGAAAAGACAAUCCAGUAACAAAAGACUGAAUGAAAAGUGGUCAAACAUGUUUGUUUUUUUAAAUAAAAAAUAAAAAAAACUAUUUCAUCACCCACCCCAUUAAGCUUGCCAAACUUGCACUGCCACCUAUGUAAAAUAGUUCCCUUUGUGCUGUAAUCUAAGUCAAUGAAUCUGAUUUGUUAUGCAAAUGUUGCCAUGUUCAUAUGUACUUUGAUUUUACAGAACCAAUAUUUUAGCUGCUUUGGACAAAAAUGAUAGUCAAAAGCUUUCUUUUUCUACUACUGUAUAUAAUUUCUUUUUAUAUGUUUAUAUUUUUUUCUUCAGAAUGAGGAGUUGAGGUUACAGGUUAAAAAUUAAACCUGUACUCUUCCAUUUAAAAAAAAAAAAAAAUAAUUUAAAGUACACAAUAUUUAAUCUUUCUAUAAUUUCAAGCCAAGAUUUUGGUGAAUACAUAUUAAAUUAUUCACAAUUUUUUUUUAAAUGCACAACGCUGUAAGCAAUCAUUUUGACAACAUUUUAGGUGUCUUUAUGGUGCACCAAGUCAUGAUGACAGAUUUUAAUACAUACGGAAAUAUCAUAUGCACAUAAACAUUUAUGGAUGGGCCAGAAUGUGUACAAUACUGUAUUAAACUCCAGAUGCAUUUAAAAAAGUAAUUGUGCUUAAAUAUUUACAUUUUAAAUAUAGUUUAUUAUUCUAAGGCGAAAGAAUCCUAGUUUUUAUGGAGCAGUAUGAUACCCCAGUUUGCUCCAUGGCACUGUUAAACACUACCCCUUAAAACUUUCAUUCUGGAAGAACAGCCUUAAUGUCGCUAAAUAUUGUUGUACUGGCACCAAGCAGAUAGAAUUAUACAUUAAACUGGACCUGAAACUUAAGGGCCCCAUACACUAGAACGAUAAUGCCCAAUUUCAUCCAACUUCGGGCAUUCGGGCCGAUAUAUCGGGUGAAAUCGGGCAUUUUGGAGGUGUAUCCGAUCCGAUGCGCGUUCCCGUGAGGGUCGGAUCGGCUCCCCUUGAUCGUUAGUGCUACACUCGUGAUACGUUGGUUCCCGCAGGCAUGGCUGGGAUCGCAUAAGAUAUAUCACAUAUGUACCAAAUCGUAUGGAAUCAUAUGGAACCUUCAAGGGAAAUCGCCUCCGACUUCAGCCUCAGACAUAUUGUUGUAGUGUAUGAGGCCCUUUACACACUGUGUAGACAGACAUUUUGUAGGUUGAGUCAAUACUCAUUGGAAUGCAGCUUAUAUAGUAGUGAUGGCGAUAGCACUAGUUUGUAUUGAAUUGAUAACGCUGGAUACUUGUCCAGCCCUCGCAACGCCUGACUCCCCUGUGAUCGAAUAAUGGGUACAUUUUAAUAUUAUUUGGUCCAAAAUCAGUGUACACUGUACUAGAUUAUAGACUAUCCAAACACACUGUAUCAAUGUUGUGUAAGAAAUUUUGCAUAGGUUGCUGGUUAUAUGCUAGUAUCAGAAAGGAUUGUUUAUAUGGGCAACAUGUGACAUUUGUACCUUAAACAGGACCACCAUGUAUCAAGACAACUUUCUCUAAUGUACAAAUUGACACCCAGGAUUUAUUGAUGGAAAAGUAACUUUAUUUAAAUGUUGCUAAGAGCAGGGGCAGGCCAGUCAUGUUCCUGCACUAGUGGGUCUCAUGUGGCUCACAGACACUGGAGGGGGCAUGGCCUGUCAAAAAUAAGAUGACUCAUUCAUUGGUUUUUACGCGCCCUCUUGCAACUUUUAUUACAUGCAUUGCAUUAUCUUUCUGGUUCCCUUUGGUGCUUUUCAGCCAGGUAUUUAUAUUAUCGGGUGGUGUAUUUUUACUGCCCUGAUAUACUGUGUUGGAUACAGGACAGUGAAAAUAAACUACUGUGCUCAUGAAAUACACACACACAGAUGAAGAAUUGUUAAGUAGCCUAAUAAACGUUGCUUGUUACGUUGAAAUGAACAUGUCACUCUUCUAUAAAAUAUUGUUUGAUACAUCAUGAGGUUUAAAAAUAUACUUCAUACAGUGUAAUGUUCUAUUUAUCUCAUUUCUGUGACCACUGUAAAAUAAACAGCAUCAGUAUUUUGCUACCCUGUUAUUGCAUAAUAAUCAUGAGAAUUUCCCUUCAUAGCACCUGGUAACAGAAACUAUGCUGCGGACUCUUUCUGAAGCACAGUAGUGUCCCUACUUUUGAAGGACUUUGGUGCGCUUUUUUAUUAAUAUCAAAUGCUUGACAAUCUUACUGUAACACAGCCAGAAAAUAAUGCUUAAUGAAACCCAUGGUGCUAUUUGUUCAUAGUUCAAGUAAUGUGAAAAUAAACCCAGAAAUGUUCAUUGUCCAGUGCCGGAACAGUGUUAAAAUCACUCUACCCUCUAUCCAGUUUAUAUAUGCCUGUAUGCAGAUUUAUCUUUUAUAUAAAUAUAUAGGGAGAGAGAAAUGUAAACUCAGGUGCAAUGGGCAGUCACCCUGGUUCAGCUGUAAACCUCUAACAGACAUAGGCGUUGUAAAGCACUGAUGUAGCUUGUGAGACCAGAGUAUGCUUACUGCACAGACUCCUGAGGGACAUACGAACACUUUGCAAGGCUUUAACUUGUUAAUAUGUAUCAUUAAAAUGCAUUGUAUUGUAUAAAAAAAAAUUCUAGUUAUUUCGUGCAAUGACUAAUUCAAAAGAUUUUAUUUUGAUAUUUGUGUCCACAAAAAGCAGAAAGAGCAUAUGCCUUUUUAUAUUGUAAUUUUGUAUGACUAAAAAUGCCUCUUUAUAUUGUUGUUAAAUAAAAUAUGAUAUGAA